CAGUGCAGUGACAGCGUGGGGAACGCCAGCGCGCUAACUAUGGAAGGAGAAACGGCGCAAUAUGCUGAAUACAAUCCUCAAUCUAACAUCAGGAGCGAAACAGAACUCGAAAAAAGCCUUGGUGGCACUCUGAUAGCGGUUGGCCUUGGUGUUGCUGCCGCAGGAUUUGCAGGUCGCUAUGCGUUCCAGUUGUGGAAGCGUCUAGGACAAGUCCUGUCACAGGGUAAGAAGAUGCCCACCUCAUCCUUCUCAUCCCAUCACUAUAAUGGAGGGUUUGACCAGAAGAUGACUAAAAAGGAAGCCAGCCUCAUCCUUGGUAUUAGCCCAACCAGCAUCAAGUCAAAGGUGAGAGAUGCUCACCGGAGGAUCAUGGUCCUGAACCACCCAGGUUAAGGGGGAUCUCCUUAUAUGGCCGCGAAGAUCAACGAGGCCAAGGACCUGCUGGAUAAAGGCCAACAGGGCGGAUAGCUACAGCCCCCAUUACCCCACUGACCUCCUGGACUACAGUACACUACCAAUAAAAACUAAAGAUCCCAACUAUAGACCUAGCUGCUGACCUGGACUACAGUACACUACAGAUUAAAACUAUAGACCUAGCUGCUGACCUGGACUACAGUACACUACAGAUUAAAACUAAAGAUCCCAACUAUAGACCUAGCUGCUGACCUGGACUACAGUACACUACAGAUUAAAACUAUAGACCUAGCUGCUGACCUGGACUACAGUACACUACAGAUUAAAACUAAAGAUCCCAACUAUAGACCUAGCUGCUGACCUGGACUACAGUACACUACAGAUUAAAACUAAAGAUCCCAACUAUAGACCUAGCUGCUGACCUGGACUACAGUACACUACAGAUUAAAACUAUAGACCUAGCUGCUGACCUGGACUACAGUACACUACAGAUUAAAACUAUAGACCUAGCUGCUGACCUGGACUACAGUACACUACAGAUUAAAACUAAAGAUCCCAACUAUAGACCUAGCUGCUGACCUGGACUACAGUACACUACAGAUUAAAACUAUAGACCUAGCUGCUGACCUGGACUACAGUACACUACAGAUUAAAACUAAAGAUCCCAACUAUAGACCUAGCUGCUGACCUGGACUACAGUACACUACAGAUUAAAACUAAAGAUCCCAACUAUAGACCUAGCUGCUGACCUGGACUACAGUACACUACAGAUUAAAACUAUAGACCUAGCUGCUGACCUGGACUACAGUACACUACAGAUUAAAACUAAAGAUCCCAACUAUAGACCUAGCUGCUGACCUGGACUACAGUACACUACAGAUUAAAACUAAAGAUCCCAACUAUAGACCUAGCUGCUGACCUGGACUACAGUACACUACAGAUUAAAACUAUAGACCUAGCUGCUGACCUGGACUACAGUACACUACAGAUUAAAACUAAAGAUCCCAACUAUAGACCUAGCUGCUGACCUGGACUACAGUACACUACAGAUAACUAAAGAUCCCAACUCGAAGGUUUACAAAAGUCAACAUGUUUACUGUACAGUCUGUUGUAAAUACACUAUACCAUAAGAUACAAGAUGAUGAUAAUAUUACCUUAGAAUUCCUCAAUGUGGUAAAGACAUUAUGGCGUGUGUGUGUGUGUGUGAUUUAGCCACGUUUGCCGAAUAAAGCAUUUUAUGGAAUGGUAA